UACAUUAUACGCGUUCUCAAAAGCAUAUUCCUUUGUAAUUUCUUCGCUGCCCGGUGCUGGAGCAUCCUUUUUUUAUAUCCCUGUCUAUAGUCUAUACCUUUCCGCUCCUUCGUCUCUCCGAACUCUUGUUUGCAUUUGAAGCCGGAGCUCAUUUUCUUGGUCUCAUUUUUGAGAGAUGGUUCAAAUCAAGGAGUUGUAUCCUUUUUGUUUCUCUUUGGUUCAAUUUUGAGCAAGUUUGUUGCUUUUGUGUUUUGGCAUGGUGGCGUUUGUGUUUUACUAGUAUCAUGUGGCACAUAUGUACAUAGUCAUGAAGAUGUCACAACAGCACACAACCGGCGAUGAAGGGAUAGAAGUCGUAGAGAACAGAUCCUUUGAAGAUAAUGUGCUUGGGAAGGGUCGAUACACUAACAAAAUUUAUCGCCUUCAAAGCAAAGUUCCUUCUUGGCUUACUACUUUUGCACCAUCAGAUGCUCUCAUCGUGAAAGAGGAAGCCUGGAAUGCAUUCCCAAAAUGCAAAUCAGUGAUGAAGUGCCCAUAUUUUCCCAGGUUUCAGUUAACCCUUGAAACAGUUCAUAGGCCUGACAAAGGGCAGUCAGAAAAUGUUCAUGGUCUAAGUGAAGAACAACUGGCAGUCAGGGAAGUGGAAUACAUCGAUAUAGCUUCUUCUGAAGGCAAUUAUUGGAGUUAUCUAGUUGGAAAUAAUGAUGUGGACUUCUCUGAAUUCAAAUCAGAAAGAACCGGCCGUGGUCCACUUUUGGAGGGGUGGCAGAAUAGGUGUAAUCCUGUUAUGACGGCAUACAAAUUGGUAACAAUUGAUGCACCAUACUGGGGUUUUGGAUCCCGACUUGAACAAGCUCUAAUAGCGGGUGAAAAGGCACUAUUUUUGGAAAGUCACCGUAAUUGCUUUAGUUGGAUCGAUGAGUGGUAUGGGAUGACAGUGCAACAAAUAUAUGAACUCGAACAACUAACCCAUUCUGCGUUAAAUGAGAAACUUGGCAAGCCGGCGUUGAUUACAAGUGCAGAAGAUUAACCAACCCUUCACUUGAUUCUGAAGACAUUUAUAGCAGGAGUUCACAUAGACGUUAGUUUGCAGCUGAUCUGCAAAGUAAUCUAAACUAUCCCGGUUAUACGUUUGCAGUGUAACUCCAACAACACUCAUUUCCUAGAUUAUAUAGUUGCUAACAUAACAUAUUCAAUUCCCCAUUUAUUACUUUAUUGAUUAUUUCAGUUUGACUGACUACACGGUUGGUAUUGUAAAGUAUCCUAAAUUAGUGUUUGCCGUCAAGUUUGCACAAUAUAUGGGCACCUAAACCUGCAACUUAUUGUUUGCGACAGUAAAUAUUCCCUAAAGCUUUUGUC